AUGUCUGAAGAGUCAAUAUCCAUUGAAGAAACGAAUAAGAUUCGUAUUUCAUUAGGAUUAAAACCAAUUCCUGUGCCAAAUGCUUCCAAACAGGAGGAAAAACCAACGAAAAAUGAUGAUUUAUCAUUAGAUGAUACCAAUAAGCUUAGAAUAUCAUUAGGUUUAAAACCAAUACCCAAAGAAUCACAACCAGUUGUUCAAAGUCAAGAACGUAGCGCUGAAGAAUAUCAAGAUGAAAUAAGGAAAAAAGAAAGAGAUGAGAAAGUUAAACAGAAAUUGGAACUUGCUAAAUCAAAAUCUGCUAAAAGAAAGAAAGUUAGUGUUGCAAGAGGUUUACUUGAUGAUGAAGAAGAACAGGAACAAGAUACUGAUGAUUGGUUAAAUAAUAUUAAAAAACCAUCCAACGUUAAGAAACCAAUAAAGAAGAAUAAACUUGUUAAAAAAUCUUCUGUUAAUGAUGAUGAUGUUGGUAUUUCAGGUGUUAAAGUUGGUCAUAGCAUCAAAGAUAUAAAUAAUUUACAACAAGAAGAUGUUAUCUUAACAUUAAAAGAUAGAUCAUUUCAUGAUGAAGAAGAUGAAUUAGAAAAUGAAUCACUUGUAAAGAAACAAAAAUUAGAUAAAGAAAUGAGUGAAAAACUACGAACUAAUAAAUAUAAACAAUAUGAUGGAUUAGAAGGUGAAGAGAAAACUCUAUUGGAACGUUAUGAUGAAGAGUUGAAAGGUGACCAUGGUGAAUCUUUCAUACUCAAUGGUGAUACUAUUAAAGUGGAUCAACCAACAAAAACCCCCGAAGAAGAGACUGAUUCUAUAAGGAAGAAUAAAAGAAGAAUGGAAUUCAGAUUAGAUGAUGAUGAAGAAGAAGAUCAAGAUGAAAUGGAAAAUAAUGAUUAUUCAAAAGCUAAACCAAUAAAGAUGAAAAAAAUUAAAAAGAAAAGUGGGAAUAGUAGAAAGAAACAAGAUCACAAGAUUGAUGAAGAUGGUGAUUUUGAUAUUGAUCAAGCACCUAAAACUGUAAUGUUAAAAGAUGAAGAUAAUUUAGUUUCAGAUGAUUUUGAAUUACAAAAUGUAUUAGCAUUGAAAAGAUUGAAAAAUCAGAAAAAAAGAAAACAUCUUAAACCAGAAGAUAUUGCUAAAGAAAUUCAAGAAAAUAAAGAAAAUGAAAUGCAAGUUGAUAAACAAGCUCAACAGAGCAUUGUUAUUGAUGAAACCACUGAAUUUUUGGGGUCAAUUAAAGCCAAGAGUGAAGAAGCUGAGGAACCACGUGAACCAUUUGAGCCAAAAGUACUUGAAAAUGAACAGAGUUUGGAUAAACUAGAACCAAACUCUGAAAAUCAUGUUGAAGAACCAAAAGAUGAAGUAAUGGAAGAAGCCGAAACAGUUGAAGCACCAUUAGAAGAUGUUAGAGAAGAAGAAAAUAUAAAUUUCAAUGGAGGUUUAGGUUCAUUAUUAGGAUUAUUAAAAUCCAAGAAUAUUAUUCAAGAGAAAACUUCAGAACAAUUAGAAAAUGAACGUAAAUCAAUGGAAUUAAAGAAACAAUUAGAUUUUGAGAAAUUAAAAUUAGAAAUUGAAAAAAGAAUUUAUGAAGAAAAUUUACGUCAAGAUUCAUCUUUCCAAAAAUUAUCUAAAAAAGAAAGACAAGAAUUAUUAGAAUCAGAAUUAGAACAAUUUAAAACAAUUCAAAAUCCUGAAGAAAUUAAUUCAAAAUUAAAAGAUUAUAAACCAGAUGUUAAAUUAAAAUAUAUUGAUGAAUAUGGACGUGAAAUGAAUACCAAGGAAGCUUAUAAACAAUUAUCACAUCAAUUUCAUGGUAAAGCACCAAAUAAAAGUAAAAUUGCUAAGAAAUUGAAAAAAAUUGAAGAUGAACAAAAACAACAAUAUAAAGGAAAUUCUAUACUUGGUUCAAAUGAUCAAGAUGAAUAUGGAUCUUCAGAUAAAGUUGGUGUUAGAUUGCAAUGA